CCGGGAGGGACGGACGGACGGACGGACGGGGCCGUGCCUGCCUGCGUGUGUGUGUGCAAGACACAUUUAAAGAUCACGUGUGAAACUUGAUCUCCCCGCAGUGGGCUAGGAGGAGAGAAAAAAGAUAGAAGUAUUGUUUUUAAACAGAUUUUUUCCUUUGUUUUUCUUUUUUUCCUUUUUUUUUUUUUUUUUUUGCCUUCGGCGAGCGCUGCCGCUGCGCCCGGCGAUAAAAGCCUGGGGAGGCAGCGGCUGCCGGCGAGAGGCCGGCGUGGGAAAUGCCGAAGCCGCAUCGCUCGGCGGCGGCGGGCGCCCGGUGACUCGUCCCCGCCGGAGAGCGGCCCGGCGGCGGCCGGGCGGCACCGGUGCCAUGCGGGUGCUGGUGCUGGGGCUGCUGGCGCUGAGCUGGGCGGCGGCGGCGCUGGGGGCGGCGGGGCCGCGGCGGCGGGCGGCGGAGGGCCGCCGGCGCGCGCACCGCGUGCAGCACGGCCGCUGCAGCUACACCUUCGUGCUGCCCGAGGCCGAGCCGCCCGCGUGCCCGCCGCCCGCCGCCAGCGCCCUGCAACGCGACGCCCCGGCCGGCCCCGCGCCCGCCGCCCGCCGCCUCCAGCACCUCGAGCGCGUCCUGGAGAACAGCACCCAGUGGCUGCUCAAGCUGGAGAGCUACCUCCAGGCGAGCGUGAAGCCGGAGGCGGCGCGGCUGCAGCGCACGGCGGUGCAGAACCAGACCGCCACCAUGCUGGAGAUCGGCAGCAGCCUCCUGAACCAGACGGCCGAGCAGACCCGCAAGCUCACCGACGUGGAGGCGCAGGUGCUGAACCAGACGUCGCGCAUCGAGAUGCAGCUGCUGGAGAACUCCCUGUCCACCACCAAGCUGGAGAAGCAGCUGCUGCUGCAGACCAACGAGAUCCACAAGCUGCAGAGCAGGAACAACGUCCUGGAGAUCCGGGUGCUGGAGAUGGAGACGAAGCACGAGGCGGAGCUGGCGGGGAUCCGCUCGGAGAAGGAGAAGCUGCAGCGCCUGGUGAGCCGGCAGAGCGGCACCAUCGAGGACCUGGAGAAGUCGCUGCUGGCGGCCAACGCCAACACCAGCCUGCUGCAGCGGCAGCAGCUGCAGCUCCUGGAGUCGGUGCAGAGCCUGGCGCGGCUCGUGGCGCAGGGCGGAGCCCUGCUGCCGAGGGACGAGCGGCUCUUCCAGGACUGCGCCGAGCUGCGCCGGGCCGGCGUGCACGCCAGCGGCGUCUACGCCCUGCACAUCGCCAACCUCAGCGAGCCCAAGAAGGCGUACUGCGACAUGGAGACGGACGGAGGCGGCUGGACGGUGAUGCAGCUCCGCGCCAACGGCAGCGUCAGCUUCCAGCGGAGCUGGCAGGAGUACAAGCAGGGCUUCGGCGACCCGGCGGGCGAGCACUGGCUGGGCAACGAGGCCGUGCACCUGCUGACGAGCCGGGCGCCCUACGCGCUGCGCGUGGAGCUGCGCGACUGGGAGGGCGCCCAGGCCUACGCCCACUACGCCCGGGUGCAGCUGGGCAGCGAGCGCCAGCUCUACAGGCUGGCGCUGCAGGGCUACAGCGGCACGGCGGGGCAGCAGAGCGGCCUGGUGCUGCAGGGCGCCAACUUCAGCACCCGCGACGCCGACAACGACAACUGCCUCUGCAAGUGCGCCCAGAUGCUCUCAGGAGGCUGGUGGUUCGACGCCUGCGGCCUCUCCAACCUCAACGGCAUCUACUACCCGGCGCGGCACAACAUCCGCAAGCUCAACGGCAUCCGCUGGCACUACUUCCAGGGGCCCAGCUACUCGCUCAAGGGCACCCGCAUGCUGAUCCGGCCCGCGGGCUUCUAGCGCCCCGGGCACCGCGGCGGCACCGGCACCGGCACCGUGGCAGCACCGGGCCGGGCCACGCACACCCCGUGCCGCGGUGCUGCAUCCCGGCGCGGGAGCCGGCUGGGAAAGCAGCUGCGGGAAAAUGCGCCGCUCCAGCAGUGGCAACGGCAGGGAGGCUUUCUGCCCCACGGUUAAUUUUUCCCUUUGGUUUAUCUCGCCCCCCGGGAACCCACAGGGCAGGUGGUGCCUCGGCCGUGCCCGGGUUCGGUGCAGGGGCUUUCGAUCAGAGCCAGCGCUUUCCGGCCCCAUUUCGGCUCUGGGAAGCCCCCGGUUCCCAGGUCAGGUUCUCUCAUCCUGCCGAGAUCCUGCUUGGCCUCCCGCUCCUCCGAACCGGCUCCUGGCUGCAGGCACAGGCUGUCCGGAUGCUGCAGGACCUCCUGCACGUGCCGGGAUGGAGAGGCCAUGUCCGAGGGCCGGGGGCAUCGCUGCCGAGCCCUGGCCCAGCGGCGCGGGGGCAGUGGGAUCCCGGCACCCCGAGCCCAGGGCGCGUGCAGCACCGAGCCUGGAGCACCCAGGGAGCCGGGACGGGCACCGGUGGCGGCUUUUGGAGGGGGCUGGGGUGAGCAGGGGACCCGGCAGCGCCCGGGCGCGCGGCGGGGGUGAGCGGAGCCCGAGGCCGAGCACUGGCCACCACCGGCUGCGGAGCCACCGGGCGCCCUGCUCUCGCCAACCGGUACCAGCCCCCUCCCACUCCCCCCCCCCCCCCCGCUUUUAUGCACCAACCCAAACUGAAGGAGCAGCGUGGUAACAGCCGGGGAAGCGCAGGACAAAACACAACGGGGUGCAUGGGACAAAAUGCAACGGGCUGCAGCCCCCGGAGCGACUCCCGCGGAGCCGAGCACAGCCCCUGCACCGCGCCGCAGCCACAGCCGCAGCCGCAGCCGGAGCCGGGGCCAGAGCGGGGCCAGAGCAGGGCCGGCCUGGCCCGAGCAGCGCUGCGCCCUGGCAGCCUCGCGAGCAGCUCUUGCCCUUUCCGUGCUUGGACUGGAGACGCUUUUAUUUUUGUACUGAGAUAUUUAUUUCGCAAGAGAGGCCGGCGCGGGAGGCCCGGGGUGCUGCAGCGGCUCACGCGCCCCAGCCCUGCCGGCGGUCCCGGGCUGGGACACCCCCGUCACCACCCCCUCCCCGCGGCUGCAGGGCCACCCCGGGUGCCCGGGACCCCGCGCCGACCGGGCUGAAGCGGGAGCGAGGACCCGGGGUCCUCCAGGCACCGGCUCCUGCCUCGGCCGAGGGCACCAUAGAGGGGGGACAGGGGCUGGCACGGCCACGGCGUCACCGCUGGGGACAGGACACUGGGGAUGCGUCCCCGGCGCGGCCACCCUGAGCCCGUCCCACCGCCUUCCCCCCGGUUUAGGGUUUGGUGCCCUGGACAAACCGCUGGCACAUCUGGAGCAACCGCUGCGGGGCACAGAGCCGGUGCAGAGCCCCGGCAGAGGCGCAGCCGCCCCAGCCCCCACGGAGCCCUCGCUGGCCCCCACCCUGGCCAAGCCCCCGGCGCCGGGCGAAGCCGGUCCCCGACAUGCAAUCAGGCACCGACAGCCGCUUCCGCAGGGCAGCUCAGCCCCUUCCGUAGCCGAAAGGAGCCCUUCGCUCCACUGCUGCCGUCCUGUCCUGGCCCAUCCCGUCCUUUCUCAUCCCAUCGCAUCCCGCCCUGUCUCAUUGCAUCCCAUCGCAUUCCAUCCCAUCGCAUCCCAUCGCAUCCCAUCGCAUCCCGUCCUUUCUCAUCCCAUUGCAUCCCAUCUCAUCCCAUCCCAUCCUGUCCCACCCCACCUCAUCCCACUCCAUCCCAUCCCAUCCCAUCCUAUCCCACCUCACCUCCAGAGCAGGUCUGGGGGCCCCCAGCAGCCCCCUCUCCGCGCUGGGGGUCACAGGCUGGUCCGGCGGGGGGGGGGGGGGUGAAGGCCCCAUCCCUGUGCUGCCACCCCGUCCCUCUGGGGCCCGCUGCCACUAGAGGUCACCAGCAGCCUGGUGACAGCACCCACGAGGGACGUGGGUGACACCGGCCACCCCCGCGGUCCCCUCCGUCCCCUCCGCAGCCGGGGAGCCGCGCGGGGGUCCCGCAGCCGCGCAGGGUGGCAGCACCCGGGGCCGCGCCGCAGCCGCAGCCGGCACCGCUGCACGCAGCGCUGCAGCAACGAACCCGUCACCUCCUGCCCUCGGAGCCGUCCCCAGGCAUUAGCUAAUUAACGCUGAUUAAAACACACGCCGCAGCUGGCACCCGCAGAAA